GGUACUUUUCUUUUCAAAUUAUUUUCAAUUUCCGAGAAAAAAUUGAACGCUUGAAUGGGAGCUCUGCAAAUUGUGAACAAAGAGAUUCAUCCCUUCUUCUUUCGCCUUUCUCGCAGCACAGAGAUAUCAAUAUAAACCGAAGGUUAAAGAAUGAAGUUCAGUUCGAGAAGAAAGGACUAGUGGAGAUCUGGAGAAGUAUGAUUCAGUUAGUUGAAACAUAACAUAGUUCACUACUUACAAAGGUGAUGCAGCUUAUAGAGGUGUGAGUGAUUAGCUUCAUGUGCAAAAAUAAGUAUGAAGUAGCUGGGAAUUGACAUAGCAAAUUUAUGCUUUCUGAAGCACUACAGCAGUCUUUCAUGGCUACCAAGCUUUCAUGCACAUCAUCUCUGCCCUGGAUUUGGGUGAUUGAAGCAUUGGCCAAUUCCAGUGAAAUAGACACAACUUUACUCAUCAAUUUGGUUAAGAGAACUCCUGAAAUCUCUGAUGAUCUGGGGAGAAAUGCAAGGGAAAUGGUUUCCUUGAGAGUUUUAGAGAGCUUAUUUGUCCGGAAAAACUCAGAUAUAAAUAAUGUCGCUUCAGUUCCAGGCGACAAAAUUGAAUUUGAUCCAUCAAUGGGUUGCGAAGAUGUUCUUCGUUGCAUAUUGUUGGAGGUGUCUGCAUCAGAUCUCAAAACAGUUACACCAGAUAUGUUAAGGUGGGAUGUUCGGUCUUUCAUUAUGAAAAAGAGAUCUCUCUUGCCAAAGUUCUGUUUGCAACAACUUAAGGAUGCCAUUCUGAAAUCGAAGAAUCCUUUUUCCACUUCCUUGAAAGAAAGAAGUGGGUUGGAGUUGAGGAACCACUCCAGAGACAGUGUUACUGCUGUUUCUGAUGGCAUUGAGCAGGGACAAGACAUCGGAGGUGUGAAUACCCGACAUGCUGCACCAAGUGAGAACUUGGAUACCUUUACCCCAGGCAACAAGAAUGGCCCUCGAGAAAAUCAGCCUGGAAGCACUCUGGUGCCUGUUAAGAGGAGUUUUAAUGCCCCUACUGCUUAUGAAAUAGAAGUUGAUGAAACUAAAGCCAUAUCAGAGAACAGUUCUGAUCUAUGUGCAAAGGCUGCCAAGAAGUUUAAGCAGGAUGUUGUUAGUCCCAUUCAGAACAGUGUUCCUGAUUUAAUAUCUCCUCAAAGAGAUGGAGUCCCGGCAGAACCACAUGGAGGAAGUCAACCUAUUGUUCGGAAAGGUAACUCGGAAGAUGAAGCUCAUGGUACCCUCAAAGCAAAUGAAUGCCUGAAGGAUGGUAGCAGUGAGCAUGCUGCAUCUGGAAGUGUUCUAUGUGGCGGUGACUCUAAUAUCAAUGAUUUCUUGCCUCAAAGAAUGAGUACAAACAAAAAGUUCCAAAAUAUUGGAAGUAGCAGACGUGGUUGUGCUGAACUGGGAAAAUCAGGUAGCUCUUCCCUGUUGGUUAUUCAACAGGAUUCGCGCACUUGUGGUUUCAAAGGUAAACUAGAUUGUAAUCUUCGGCAAGAUCUGCAAAAUGGUGAACCUUCUAAUGUAGACAAAGAGAAUAUCGAGCGAAGUCUUGAAUCUGAGUUCUCUAGUGAUACUGAUCAGUAUCACAAUGAGAGUACUGAUCUUGCUUCACAGAAAAAUGAUUUCUUGAACUCGCAAUAUGCUCAGUGUGAAGAUUCCUUGGCUACUGCUGAUUGUACAGAGCUUAACCUUUGUGCAAAGUGUAACGAAGGGGGAAACUUAUUUUUUUGUAGUUCUGAUACCUGUCCUUUAGUGGUUCAUGAAAGUUGCUUGGGUUCUGUACUCAACUUUGAUUACAAGGGGAACUUCUAUUGCCCCUUUUGUGCAUAUAGUCGAGCAAUUUGUGAGUACCAGGAAAGUAAGAAAAAGGUCUCAGUUGCUAGGAAAGAUUUGGCUGCAUUUAUUGGCUUGGGAGAUGGACAACGAUCAAAGAAAACACUACCUAGGUCACAAGGAAUGAAGAAGCAUCAAUCUCGAGAGGAUACGAAUCAACAACUGUGCCGCAAUGAGAAUGGGAAGAAUUCAUUGAAUGAGGUCAUACAAGCAGGAAGUGGUCCAGUCAACAGGAGUUCUGUCAGAGCUAGAGUCAUGCAAACCGGUGCACCUCAACCAGAGGUUUGUAUAGCCCACAAUGAAAAUGGGAGGAGUUCAUUGAAUGGGGCUUCAGAAGCAGGAAAUUCUCCAGCCGACAGGAGUUCUGUCGGGGCUCAAGUCAUGCAAACGGGUGCACCUCAACCAGAGUCUUCUCUACCUCACAAUCAAAAUGGGAGGAAUCCAUGUAAUGAGGUCACAGAAGCAUGUAGUUCUCCAGCCGACAAGAGUUCUAUGGGAGCUCAAGUCAUGCGAACUGGUUCACGUCAACCAGAGGCUUCUCUACCCUGCAAUAGAAAUGGGAAGAAUUCAUUGAAUGAGGUCACAGAAGUAGGAAGUGCUCCAGCUGACAGGAGUUCUGUGGGAGCUCAAGUCAUGCAAACCGAUUCACCUCAACCAGAGGCUUCUCUACCUGAACAAUGCUUAGUAGAUGGUCAACAGCCCAGCAAAUCACCUCGUAAAUGUCAUAGAUCUAGACAGAAUCAGUCCAGAGAGGAAGAAUUAUUAUGUCAUGAUGAGAAUAAAAACAAGAACUCUUUGGAGAAGGCUGAAGAAGCAGGAAGUCGUCCAUGCAAUAGAAAUUCUAUCAAAGCUGAAGCCAUGCAUAUCUAUCCACCUCAACCACGUGUUCCUCAUGAACAUGUGUGCCAAGGAAGUUCUUCUAUAGACGAAAGUUCUGAAGAAGAAGAUGAAAUAGGUUCCAAAUACCAUGUACAAUUUAGGAAUCCAGAAAAGAAGUACACCUCUCCCUGGAUUCCUCAAAUGAGGAGGAAGAAGCUCCCAUGGACAAAAAUAGAGGAGGAAACAUUAAAGGAGGGAUUACUACGAUUCUCACAUUAUCGUGAUAGAUGGAAGAGGAUUUUGGAAUUUGGAGGUGAUGUUUUCCUGAAAGGUCGGACAGCGGGGGACCUCAAGGAUAAGUGGAGAAACAUUAGCAAAGUGAUUGAGAAAGCAUCGUAAAGGUUUCUUAUUAAACUGGACUAUCUAUGUAUAUAGUUGUCUAAUGUUGUUGGCUGCUUAUUUUGGAAAAGCAUACUAUUGUGCAUAACACAAUUAGUGUUAAGAUGUGGCUAAAGUCUCUCUGAUGGUAGUUUUUGUUACGGUUGAGGUCUCUCGAGCCUUCUGUUGUUGUACCCCUGAUGUCCCCGUUAGAAGUUUUUUGGGAAUGAAGUAAGGUGAAGAAGCCAAAAUUAGAAAUUCCCAUGUAGCUUGCAGAAAAUAGCAUUUUGUUAUCCUUUUCUCUAGGUGAUGUUUAGAAAGACUUAAAACUGGUCUGCUUGUAAACUUCUGAAGAUGUAAUUACAACCUUCGUUUAGCUAGCGUAACACUUUGAUUGAUCC